GGGCCGAGCUCGCCGCCUUCGCGUCUUCGUGUCGCUAUUGCUGGGCAGCGCUCCGAGGAGACGCCGAGGUUUUUGGGGGAUUUAUGACCAGAGUGCGGGGCUCCACGUCAGCGACAGCUCGUUUGGAUGUACUUCCAAGAGUGACUUGCCCAAAUCAUCCAGAUUCCAUUUUAGUGGAGGAUUACAGAGCUGGUGAUAUGAUUUGUUCUGAGUGUGGGCUAGUAGUAGGUGACCGGGUCAUAGACGUGGGGUCAGAGUGGAGAACGUUCAGCAAUGACAAAGCAACCAAAGACCCAUCUCGAGUUGGGGAUACCCAGAAUCCUUUGCUGAGUGAUGGUGACUUGAGUACAAUGAUUGGCAAGGGCACAGGUGCAGCAAGUUUUGAUGAAUUUGGGAAUUCAAAGUACCAAAAUCGCAGAACUAUGAGCAGCUCUGAUCGUGCGAUGAUGAAUGCUUUUAAAGAAAUUACGAACAUGGCAGACAGAAUCAACCUCCCUAGAAAUAUAGUUGAUCGAACAAAUAAUUUAUUCAAGCAAGUGUAUGAGCAAAAGAGCCUGAAGGGGAGAAGUAAUGAUGCUAUUGCUUCUGCUUGUCUCUACAUAGCCUGUAGGCAAGAGGGUGUUCCAAGAACAUUUAAAGAAAUAUGUGCAGUGUCCAGGAUUUCAAAGAAAGAAAUAGGCCGGUGUUUUAAACUGAUUUUGAAAGCUCUGGAAACCAGUGUUGAUUUGAUUACAACUGGAGACUUCAUGUCACGAUUCUGUUCUAACUUGGGUCUUCCCAAACAAGUACAAAUGGCAGCAACACAUAUUGCUCGUAAGGCUGUGGAAUUAGAUUUGGUUCCUGGGAGAAGCCCUAUCUCUGUAGCAGCUGCAGCUAUUUACAUGGCAUCACAGGCUUCUUCAGAGAAAAGGACACAAAAAGAAAUUGGUGAUAUUGCUGGUGUGGCUGAUGUUACGAUUAGACAGUCAUACAGGCUGAUCUAUCCUCGAGCUCCAGAUCUUUUCCCAGCAGACUUCAAGUUUGAUACCCCAGUAGACAAACUACCACAGCUGUGAGAUUGCAGAGGGUUAAUUUCUGUUAACCGCCUCCCCCCCGAAAAAACCCCAACAAAAACAAACUCUUUAUUUUUGCCUAUAAUAAAGGAUGUACAAAGUGUUAAUAUUGGGUCUUCGUGUUGUGGAACUGGAGGAUAUGGAGAUGGAGCGUAACUGCUGGAAAGCAGCACACAUUCCAAGGGUAAACAAGCUCAUUGUGUGGCAUUUUGUAUGUAUAUAUUAGUGGAAGUAAGUAUUUAAUAACUGUUGCAACAAAUUUAAUUUGAUAUUGUUGUACUUACUUAGAUUUCUUUUGUAGGGAUCUGGUAAGAUGUAUUUUGGAGAAUUUAAAAUAUUGUGUAAUUCCCAAAUAAACUGUUUUCCAAAAACACA